GCGAGAGAGUUGGGCCGAGGAGGGGUGGAGCGUGCUUGGAAAGAGGGGCGAGGCUGCGAAUGGGAAACGCAGCGCCACGCAUGCAGAAGUUACGUGGUGGUUGUGGUAUCAACACCAUUGGCAUCAUCAUCAGCAGCAUCAGCGGCGGAGGGCUCGCGUCCCACGAGAAUACCCGCUCGGUCAGCGUUCGUGAGACGGCUGGAGGAGGCGCGAGCGGGGCCGAGCGGCGGUGUGGGCGGGGGAGGGGCGCCGCGACGAUCUCCUCCUCAUGGCGGUGCGCCUGAGCGGCCGCCUGCGCCGCCUCUGCCGGGGCAGCGGCCGCGUGCUCGCCUUGGUGGUCGCGGCCUCCGUGCUGUGGCUGCUGUUCGACAUGGCCGCGCUGCGCGUCUCCUUCGCCGGCUCCGAGUAUUCCAAGCCGGAGAAGAGGAUCCUGGGGGACCGGGACGCCCUGGGCGAGCGCGCCAGGCGCCACCCGCGCUUCGGCUUCCUCCGGGCCGCGGGGGGCGCCGCCUCGACGCGGGCCGCCCCCGGGCCCGGUGCGGACGACCCGCGGCCCAACUUGGUCGACAAGCGCUUCGGCCGGCGGAGGGGGGCCCCCGACCCCGCCAAGGGAAACGCGAGCCGCCCUCGCGAGCCUCCCGCGGCGGCGAAAGUGGACAAGCGGAGGUUCGUCGUCGGCCAGCGUGCCGGCGCGAACGAGAACGCGGCGGGGCGGCCCGGCGUCGGCGCCGCGGCGCCCGCCGCGAGCGCCGCGCCCCCACGGCCGUCGUUCCGCGCGAGCCCGGGCCCGGGCCUAGGCCCGGGCCCGGGCCUGGGCCUAGGCCCGGGCUCGCCGCUUCCGGACGCGGGCGCGAAGGCGGCGGAGGUCCGCGCGGCGGGGGCGCGAUCCGCCCCGCCGGUGGAGACGGCGAGGCCGGAAGGGCCACGGGGGGCUCCGAUCCCGCGAGCCGCGGCGGCCGUCGACGCCCGACGGGGCGAGGCUCCGGCGAACGCGACUUCGCCGGUGGCGGCCGGGCACGAGGCCGACGGAGGUCGGCCGGAGCGCGUCGCGAACGGAGCGGCGAAGGAAACGAAGUCGGCGGGGGAAAUUGCGGACGGAGGCGGCGUCGGAGGAAGUCGAAUUGGGCGCACGACGUCAAAGGUCAUUAUUGACGCACUGGGCGAUGGGGGGGUCAAGUCACGCGAUGUGUCAAAAGCGCACGGUGUCGCCAAUAAAUCCGCCGACGCAGCCGGCGUGUUGACGGCCAACCGCACGCAGGACGCCGGCGUUGCUCGUGGCUUGACCGCGACCGCGACGGCAAAGCUUUCCGCAAAUAUGAAAAUCGCCACCCCGCCGCUCGCACGCUGGACCCGCCAAACGAACGAAGCCGUCGAAAGGUCGCUUACCGCUCCGCCGCGGCGGAGGAACGAUUCGCGUUUGCCGGAGCUCAACCGGGCAAGUCGUGACGCCGCCAGCCCAGGCCGGGCGGCCACCGGCCCGCUCCACCGCGUACACGCGGCGUCGGCCAACGGCACGGGCCGCGCCGCCGUGCCGGAGGGGCCGCGGCACCGCCUGCUGGCGCUGGACGCCACGCUGUCUCCCCGGGACCCCCACGCACCGGGCCAGUUUGGCUACGGCGUGACGGUGCGGCCCGAAGACCAGGAGCUCGCUGACCGGAGGUGGAGGGAGGGCGCCUUCAACGUGUUCGUCAGCGAUCAGAUCCCCCUGGACCGGGCACUGCCGGACACGAGACCCCCAGCGUGCGCGGAUCAGACGGUGCCCGACGCGCUGCCGCUGGUCAGCGUCAUCAUCUGCUUCAUCGACGAGGCGUGGAGCACCCUCCUGCGCUCCGUGCACAGCGUCCUCAACCGAUCGCCGCCGGGCCUCCUCCGCGAGCUCAUCCUGGUGGACGACUUCAGCACCAAGGAACACCUCAAGGAGAAGCUGGACAAGUACUUGGCGAACUUCCCCAAAGUCCGUCUGCUGCGACUCACCGAGCGGCACGGACUCAUCCGAGCCAGGCUGGUCGGCUCCGCUGUUUCCACUGGCGACAUCCUGCUGUUCCUCGACUCGCACGUGGAGUGCAACGUGGGCUGGCUCGAGCCGCUCGUGGCCCGGAUCCACGCCAACCGCAGCCGCGUGGCGUGCCCCGUCAUCGAGGUGAUCAACGAGAAGGACAUGAGCUACCAGCACGUCACGGACUUCCUGCGAGGGGUCUUCGAGUGGCCGCUGAACUUUGGCUGGAGGGCGACGCCGGUCGACGUCGUGACGGCGCUUGGCCUGAAGAGAGAGGACCCCUUCCCGUGUCCUGUGAUGGCAGGGGGUCUCUUUGCCAUCGACAAGCGCUAUUUUUACGAGCUGGGCACCUACGACCCUGGCCUCGAGGUGUGGGGAGGCGAGAAUCUUGAGCUGUCCUUCAAGGUGUGGAUGUGCGGCGGCGAGAUCGAGAUCGUGCCGUGCUCGCGCGUGGGCCACGUGUACCGGGCGGACAACCCGUACCCGUUCCCCGGCGGCGACAAGGUGUCCACGGUGCAGAGGAACCUGCGGCGGGUGGCCGACGUGUGGCUCGACGAGUACGCCGAGGUCUUCUACGGCCGCGGCUACGGCAACGCGCUGCGUUCGCGCGGCGCCGGCGGCGGCGUGCUGCCCGAGGGCGAGUUCGCCGCUCGCUUCGUCCGCAGCUCCGUGGGGGACGUCGAGCCGCAGAGGCGGCUGCGCCAGGCCCUCGGCUGCCGGAGCUUCGGCUGGUACCUGGAGAACGUCUACGCGGACCUGCGGGCUCCGCUCGUGCAGGCCGACGGAUGGGUGUGGAACGAGGGAUCCAAUCAGUGCCUGACAGUCAUCAAUAAUAGCAUUGAAGUGCACCUGUGCAUUCAGACUGGUGGGGUGUCGAAGCCGCAGCAGUUUAACUACACGUGGUGGCAGCAGCUGCGGCAGGACGGGCUGUGCUUGGCGGCGUUGGCGGGCGCUGGCACCGUGGGGCUAGCGGGCUGCAGGCCGGCCAGCGAGCCCCAGGCCUGGCUACACUCGCACAGCGAGCAGCCUCUGGCGAAGCACAUUGUGAAGGCGUCCGUCAGAGAGUCUCUGUGCCUGGCGCAAGUUGGGAAAGGCCUGAAGCUCAGCUCCUGCGACGUCCUGAACGCCUACCAAAAGUGGAACUUCGGCAGAUAUUUCGAGUAGCCCCAAGUGCUCAAGCGUUGUUGGAACUCUCCUAUCCCGUUACUUGAUGGCUCAUUGCCAGCAAAAAAAAACUAGAGACCAGCAUGCUGGGGACAGUUUCCCCAGAGCGUCGCUACACAUGUCGUAUAGUUUUACAAUUAUGGUGACGUUGGGCCCAAAGACUGAAAUAUUAUGGCUACAGUGUAGCUCUAAUGUAAACACUAAUUCCAGCGGGGGUUCGUAGUUAAUUAAUGCCUUUGCUCCUUAUGCACUCUUUGAAAUUGCCACACAAGACCACUGACUGAGGUUGGCAAAUUGGGCUUGAACACGUAGUUGUGAAUGUUUCACGAAAUGGGUGUGGGAAGAUGGAAUAGCAAUCAUUUAAUUUAAUUCGCGGGAAUGUGGUGAGCGUUUUUGUAAAUAGUGUAAUCAAACGGAAUAGCAGUGUAGUUUGUCACAGAAGGCAGUGGUGUUCUUCAUUUUGUAAACAUUUAUUAUUGCCGAUGUUCAAGUAGUGGUAACCCUAAAUUUAAUAAAGACAAACUAUUUUUGUAGUGUUCGA